AUGUCGGCAAAGCCCUCUCAAAGCGAAGUUUUCGAGUUCUGCGGUCCUCUUUACCUUACUUCAUCUGUUAAUUGGACAAUACAAGAGCAUAGGAGAUCAGUCAUGGCUAGUUUGGUUCAAGGAGUGUACAUUACAGAAAUAGAUAGACAACAAAAUAGAACAGGAAAUGAUGCAUUGGCCCCAACUUGGUGGGAAGCUUUUCAUUUCAAAUGCAUCAAAUUCCUUGAAGACAAAAUGGAUUCCUCCAUUUUCGGGGUGAUUUUUGAGUAUAUGGCACCACAACAUGCAUCUCCUAAGUAUGUAAUUGCAAUUCGGGGCACAAUGAUCAAACCAAAAACUGGGAUACGAGACAUAUAUUUGGAUGCAAAGAUUUUCCUAAACGAACUAAGUCGCAGCUUUCGGUGCGAAAUUGCAUUGAGUGCAGUCGCAGGCAGAAUAGAAAGCACGGACCCUGCAAAUGUAUGGCUGGCAGGGCAUUCCUUAGGUGCAUCAAUAGCAUUACAAACAGGAAGAGACAUGGUUAAAAAAGGUUAUUACCUAGAAACUUAUCUUUUUAAUCCUCCAUUCCUCAGAUUACCCGUUGAUAUAGUCAGUACUCGAUUUGUUAAGAACUGGGCACGUAUUCUACGUAGUGUUGCAGAAGUUGGUCUUUCAAAUGUUUUCAAGAAAACAAAAGAAGGUGAUCCUUUCACUUUACUACAAUCUUGGAUUCCAUAUUUAUUUGUGAAUCCGAAAGACAUGAUUUGUUGUGAGUACUUGGGAUAUUUCGAGCAUCGAGAGAAGAUGCAAAGAUGGGGUGUGGGUGAGGUUGAAAAAAUUGCAACCAAAAAUUCUGUUGUGGGCUUGGUAUCGGAUGCAUUAGGGAGAUAUGGUGAGACUUCGCAUCUAAUUCCAUCUGCUAUUGUCACUGCGAAUAUGAAUGUUAAGGAACCUGGUUUCUUAGGAGCUCAUCGCCUUUGUCAGUGGUGGGAACAACACUCUCAUUGGGAGUCUAAGUGUUAUCAAUAUACUAGGGAAAAUAUUUGA